GUGAUGGUGGUGUCGGGAGCAGCUAUAAGGGGCUCUGUUAGCGGCCGGGAGAAGCGGUGGGAGCUCGGGUGCUGGCGGUCUACGGUGACACGCACUCGGUUUUGUGUCGUGUAGGCUAACCGAACCGGGACACGCAGGGACGGAAGUCAUGGGAGUCGCUCCGGGGCAGCUCUGGAGCAGUCGCAGCGGGGAACACGGCUCAUCUGUCGGCGUGAAGCAGGGAAUUUAACCGCUGGCGAGGAUAAAGGAAAACGUCGGGCCACUGUCUCCAUCACCUCCUCCACCUCCGCUGUGUCAGCCGGCAGUGAUGGAGCACAUACGGACACCGAAGGUGGAAAACGUCCGUCUGCUGGACCGGUCGUCAGGCCAGAGAAAGGCCAGCGUCGGGACUCUGUACCUCUCUGCCACGCACGCCAUCUUUGUGGAGAACAACCCGGAGACGCGCAAGGAGACAUGGGUAUUGCACAGCAUGGUGAGCAGCGUGGAGAGGCCGCCCACCCCCUCAGGAGGUCAGCUGAUCCUUCGCUGUAAGGACUUCCAGAUCUUCCAGAUAUUCAUUCCACAGGAGAGAGACUGCUUGGACGUCCACGCCUCAUUGGCCAGACUGUCACGGCCAGAGAAGUACAGCGAGCUGUACUGUCUGUCCUUUAACCCCAACGUGAACAAAGAGGAGAGGGAGGAGUCGUGGAACUUCAUCGACCUCGCGGCCGACUACAAGAGGAUGGGCGUCCCUAACAACCUGUGGGUUGCCACGGCAGCAAACAGUGAAUACAGGGUGUGUGAUACAUACCCUUCAGAGCUGUUUGUUCCAAAGUCGGCCACGCCCGCCAUCAUCGUGGGCAGCUCGAGGUUCAGAAGUCGAGGACGAUUUCCUGCUUUGUCGUACUUCCACCAGGACACACUGGCCGCCGUGUGCCGCUGCAGUCAGCCGCUGUCGGGCUUCAGCGGGCGCUGUCAGGAGGACGAGAUGAUGCUGCAGGCGCUGAUGAAGUCCAACCCUGGAAGUGACUACAUCUACGUGGUGGAUACCAGGCCCAAGCUGAAUGCGAUGGCGAAUCGAGCGGCAGGUAAAGGCUACGAGAACGAGGACCACUACACCAACAUCAAGCUGCAGUUCAUCGGCAUCGAAAACAUUCACGUGAUGAGGAGCAGCCAGCAGAAGAUCGUCGACGUGGGGGAAAUGCGAUCUCCGUCCAUGACAGACUUCCUGUGGGGGCUGGAGAACUCUGGUUGGCUCAAACACAUCAAAGCCAUACUGGAUGCCGGCGUCUUCGUAGCCCGGGCGGUGGCGGACGAAGGCGUCAGCGUGCUGGUUCACUGCUCAGACGGCUGGGACAGGACCGCCCAGGCCUGCUCUGUGGCCAGUAUCCUGCUGGACCCGUACUACAGGACCAUCAGAGGCCUCAUGGUGCUGAUACAGAGAGACUGGGUGUCGUUUGGCCACAAGUUCUCACACAGGUACGCUCACCUGGACAGAGAUCCCAAAGAGGUGUCCCCCGUCAUCGACCAGUUCCUGGAGUGCGUGUGGCAGCUGUCAGAGCAGUUCCCGUGCGCCUUUGAGUUCAACGAGCGCUUCCUCAUCGCCAUCCACGCUCACGUGUACUCGUGUCAGUACGGGACCUUCCUGGGAAACAGCCAGAAGGAGCGUCGGGACAUGAGGCUUCAUGAGCGCACUCACUCGGUGUGGCCUCAGCUGUGGAAGGACCGAGGCGAGUACACCAACCCUCUGUACAAGGCCGAGCAGAGCCAGAGUCAGGGCGUGCUGAGACCCAACACCUCCCCCUACUGCUUCAAGAUGUGGAAGGGUCUCUAUAACCACGCUGAGAAAUCGACGCCUCCCCGCCAGUCACCUGCCGACUUCCUGUCUGCCGUGAGGGAGGAGUCCCAGCAGCUGGAAGAGGAGCUGACUAAUCACCAGGAGAGGAUCGCAGAGCUGACGGGGAAGCCGAUCACCUGGGAGAAGAUCGAGGUUCCCCGGAGGAGGACUAGCUGCCUGCCGCAGAGGCACAGCGGGCCGGACCCGCCCACCUUAUACAGAGAGCCAAUUGCCAGCCUCGCACAGGACAGCAGUCACACACUUUCCUCUGCACCAGCCAAUCAGAAGACUCACACCAAGGAGCCCGCACUCUCCCUGCCCUUAGGGCCACAUGCCCAGCUGAAGAGUCACGACCCCGAUGACCUCUCCACCUGCAGCGACCUGGAGUCGGGCGUGGCCGACCUCAGCAGCCGCUCAUCCAGCGGCGGUGAUGUCGGCAAGGACCCGGACUUGGAGUGACACGGACCGGAUCAAAGGCACUCCGCUGGCUUUUAUUAAUAUUUAUUCACAGGACGGCGAGGUGACGUUUCCAGGUUAAAGGGAGAAACCUCGGCGGCGUUUGAGACGGAGGUGAAAACACGGUUUAACGUUUUUGGCUCACAGAACAGACAGGCUGCUUCAAUUUAAAUGUUUUUAGGUUACUGACAUUUGUACUGAAACGCACGAUUGCACAGUGACAGGAAGUCAGACGCACACGAGUUUAAAGCGAUCAGAACAAACACGAGUUAUUGUCUCUUCUUCUCUCCACUGAAGAGUCUGAAAACUUGUUUCCACCCAGUCUUCCUCGUCCUGCAGCGCGGCAUAACAGGCAUAAAGGUUUCACUGUAGAUCAUGAAGCUGACCUGCUGUACGUGUUCAGCGUGGCCCUCGUUAGCUCGUUAGCUCGUCACAGCAAUCACGCCUGUGGGGUCGUAUUUGUGUGGACGACAGGCGGCCGUUUCCUCAGAGGGCUUCAGUCUGAUCCUGGAUCAGCCGUCUGCUCAGUCUGAACACUGAAGUGCUGCUAGAGCAGCUUUGAUUCAGUUCAAAACGACCCGCCCCCUUUAAGCCCCUGGUGGGCGGGGCUUCUACUACAGUUACUUUGGGAACACCGGGGAGAUUUUUUAUUAGAGACAAACGUAGUUUAAACUGUCACAAUAACACAGAAACCCCACAAACACACUCUGACUGAAAUGCUCCAACACACACACACACAUGCAGACAGACACACUGACAGACACACACACAGACACACACAGACAUA